AUGAGAGGACUUGUAUACAAUAUAAAUAAUACUUUGAAGAGUAUGGAUAAUAUCAUCUAAUUGGCUUUAGUAAUCAAAUUAUAAGUAAGCAAUUUAAAAUAAAAUAUUUUGUCUCUCCAGAUAAUAAAUUAAAUAAUUGGGUGUUGUUAGCAAAUCUCAAAUGCAGAAAAGGAACAUUAGAUUACAGGAUUCGUCUCAAUUAAAGAACAAUUUUCGCCUAAAACCCUUCAGAUGCAACCCUUAUAGCUAAAUCUCAUUAAAGGAGAUAAUGAAUGCAUCGAUCUUGAAGAAAAGAUGGAAAGACUUGGCAGCACAUGCAUAGAUAAUGUACUCAUUGAGAAGCAGCUUAGCCAAUUGGAGAACUAACUUAGUUUGUAGUCUAAAAAUGAUGUCAUCAUUAAUUUGAGACAUUCAAACUCGACCUAAUUGGUUAAAGAUAAUACAACCAAAAAUCUCAACAAAAAAUUUAUAGGAAUGCUAUGA